UAGACCGAUUCUUCAUAGCCGUGAUACAGUAUUACAAACUGCAAUCGCAUAAGGAUCCGUGAUCCUCGCAUCAUUGGAGCUGGAUCAGACAGAGACUGGGUGAACUGCCACGCUUGCGUUCUCUGCACUUGGGCUGGUUUUUUGCUUUAGCCCACCGUUUACCUUUUUGUGUAAUUAGCCAAAGAAAGUUCAACCCCGGGGAAGCGCGCACGUUGUGAACAGCGUGUUCCGACGGACCGAAGAGUACCUGGAACUGUCGCGAACUCUUCCUCAAGUAUGGCAGAUUACCUGAUCAGCGGAGGGACCGGCUACGUCCCCGAAGAUGGACUGACCGCCCAGCAACUCUUCUCCAUCGGCGACGGCCUGACCUACAAAUCCGCUACUCAGUCUGUCGCUGAUGGGCUCACAGCCGAACAGCUAUGCUCAAAAGGUGAAGGGAUGACAUACAACGACUUCCUGAUCCUGCCUGGUUUCAUUGACUUCACCUCAGACGAAGUGGAUCUGACCUCGGCGCUGACCCGGAAGAUAACCCUCAAGACGCCGCUCAUCUCCUCCCCCAUGGACACGGUCACGGAGUCCUCCAUGGCCAUCGCAAUGGCGCUCAUGGGAGGAAUCGGGAUCAUCCACCACAACUGCACACCGGAAUUCCAGGCCAACGAAGUCCGGAAAGUCAAGAAAUUCGAGCAGGGCUUCAUCACGGACCCGGUGGUGAUGAGCCCCAGGCACACGGUGGGCGACGUGUUCGAGGCGAAGGUACGGCACGGGUUCUCCGGCAUCCCCGUCACCGAGACGGGCAAGAUGGGCAGCAAGCUGGUGGGCAUCGUCACCUCCCGAGACAUCGACUUCCUCACCGAGAAGGAGCACGACCGACCCCUGGAGGAGGCCAUGACGAAGAGGGAGGACCUGGUGGUGGCGCCCGCGGGGGUCACGCUGAAAGAGGCCAACGACAUUCUCCAGCGCAGCAAGAAAGGGAAGCUGCCCAUCGUGAACGACAGCGACGAGCUGGUGGCCAUCAUCGCGCGGACCGACCUGAAGAAGAACCGCGACUACCCGCUGGCCUCCAAGGACUCGCGGAAGCAGCUGCUCUGCGGGGCCGCCAUCGGCACCCGCGAGGACGACAAGUACCGGCUGGACCUGCUCAUGCAGGCCGGCGUGGACGUGGUGGUUCUGGACUCCUCACAAGGGAACUCGGUCUAUCAGAUUAACAUGAUCAACUACAUCAAGCAGAAGUACCCAGAGCUUCAGGUGGUGGGAGGGAACGUGGUGACGGCGGCCCAGGCGAAGAACCUGAUCGACGCGGGCGUGGACGCGCUACGCGUGGGCAUGGGCUGCGGCUCCAUCUGCAUCACACAGGAAGUCAUGGCGUGCGGGCGGCCCCAGGGGACCUCGGUGUACAAGGUGGCGGAGUACGCCCGGAGGUUCGGCGUUCCCGUGAUCGCCGACGGGGGAAUCCAGACGGUCGGACACGUGGUCAAAGCUCUCGCCCUGGGGGCGUCGACAGUGAUGAUGGGGUCGUUGCUGGCCGCCACCACCGAAGCCCCCGGGGAGUACUUCUUCUCCGACGGCGUGCGGCUCAAGAAGUAUCGCGGCAUGGGCUCCUUGGACGCCAUGGAGAAGAACAGCAGCAGCCAGAAACGAUACUUCAGCGAGGGGGACAAGGUGAAGGUCGCCCAGGGCGUCUCCGGCUCGGUCCAGGACAAGGGCUCCAUCCACAAAUUCGUCCCGUACCUGAUCGCCGGGAUCCAGCACGGCUGCCAGGACAUCGGUGCCAAGAGCCUGUCCAUCCUGCGGUCCAUGAUGUACUCUGGGGAGCUGAAGUUCGAGAAGAGGACCAUGUCGGCCCAGGUGGAGGGCGGGGUCCACGGGCUCCACUCUUACGAGAAGCGGCUAUACUGAAGGCGGGAUGCGGGCCCCCAACGUUCCCACCCCGGCAGCGACCAAACACACCGGCCUCGUUUGACACCCCCGACCGUCACCGUCACCGUCACCCCCGCCCUCCCCCCUCCUCCGCCCACUGCCCCUCCCCGACAAGGUUUCGCCCGUGCCUGACAACAACGGAUUUGCACUACCGACUCCCGGGCUGGAGUCUCAGGGUUUGAAAACAAACACGCGAAACCACACGCCCGCCGCACGCACGCGGCCCUCCGUGGCGCCCGCUCCACCCGGAGGCGGCCCAGUGCUUUGGCGACUGUCUCCUGUACAUAGCUAAGCCCAAAUCCCCCACCCCUCCCCCCUUUCUCCACUCCGCUACCCUCCCCUGUCGACCGGACCAUCCAACCGAAGAGGAGAGAACGGCCGAAACUCACAGGCGUGGUGAGAGAGAGAGCGAGAGAGCGAGGGCCUCGUCUCGGUAUCCUAGCGUGUAGUUUAAGUCUUCUCCUUGUGUCGUCGUAAAAAAAAAAAAGAAAAGAAAAGAAACCGUUUUGUGAAAACGUGCACACAAAAUUCUUCAUUUUUAUUCCCUAAAAAUGUCAACUCAGCCCCCCCCCCCCCCCCCCCCCCCGGUAGCUGGGCAGCCCGAGCAGUGGAGGGGCUGGGGGCUGGGGACGGGGGGCUAGUCAGAUUGUAAUGGUACAGUUAAAGCCUAAUAUCCCGUUCCUUGGGUUCCUUCAACCAGCCAAGCCUCUCGUCCCGCCCCCCCCCCCCCCCCCACGUCCCUUGGUUGUAUCGCGCACAAAGAGUGCAGCUGAACGGAAACCUUAGAAAGGGACCCAGUCGAAAUUUUGGGGUCUCCACGGCAACACCUUCAGCGAGUGUGAAAGGGACUUUUUGUGUGGUGGUGUUUAGAGUUAGCGGCCAUUACUGUGUUUACAGCACUCCGGCACGAGGUCCUAUCCAUCUAAACCCCCCCCCCCUCUGCAUCACUCACUAUGCCACGUUAGUUAGUCUGUGUAAAUAUAGUUGGGACCAAAAGCUAAGCGUUAGCCUUAAAUCAGGGAUAUGUUAAACCAGAGAGCCUUAUGACUGAAGAAGAUGAUGAUGAAGAUGACUGGAGAGUGUGCGCCGUGGAGCUCGAACUGGAAUUCAGUGGAUUUGAAACGAUGUAGAAACAAAACAUUCGAUCCCCACAAAAAAAUAUGACCCCCAGGUGCUAAACGUGCAUAAGGAGUUUUACUUUUCUUGUCAUAAGCGUCUCUAUGAAAUUAUUCAUAGCCGGCAUGCUGUCGUUUUUUUUUAAGCGUUACUUUGUGCGAUCACAUCUCUGCCAGAUGGAAUGCUGUGAGUUGCCAGCAGUGCAGAUUUUCUUUUUUAAAGCCUGAUUUGUGUUCUAUAUUAGCAUCUGAGCAUCCUUUGUUCCGAAAUCCUGUUCCUGUGUUCAGCUGGCCUCUCCUCCUCGUCUACGAAUCUUCCUCUUAGCGCCUGUAUGUGAAAAUGUAUUGACGUUACAAAAAGAUUCUCACCCUCGCCAAAGAUAUUGAAUCUGUACAGCUGUUUUGUGUAGACGAACUUUUCACCAAAAGGACCAAACUCAAGCAGGGGCGAGAGUUUGGUUGGGGGUGUAAUCGUAAAUUAGACAAGGUUGCGAGGUUUAAAUGAAAGAAAUGGCGAAUUACUGCGUCAGGCAUAGAGGCAGGAGAAGGGAGAAUCUUCCGAUGGGUUUUAAGAAUGAGCGAAUGUCGUCAGGCCGUGGAAAUGAACGAUGGCUCUGGUAGUCCGCGUUACUGAGAGGAACUAUAUAAAACUGAUCUAUACAUCUAUAGAAAAGGCUUAAAUCUCUUUACGAAAUUGUUUGUUUUUGCUUACUGACUCCUGUUAAGUAUUCAACUAUCCUACAGCUUUUCAUUGAAGGGACACAAUUACAGCUGACCAAAAUUUCUGAUUUUCCUCUCGAUAGAUUUUCCAAUAGUGAUGCUGACUGGUUAAUGUGGAAGCAAUGGACGUAUUUAAUAGCUUUUUCUUUUUUUCUAAUCUUCCAUUUUAUCGUUUUGUUCUUUAACGGGUCAGUUGGCCUUGUGCAGAACUCGGUUUCUGCCGCAGACCUUUCUUGCUUAGUUUCGGUGUGUUUUCAUCGGGAAAUGCCGUUUACGUUUCGCUUCACACGCGGGACUUUUAUGCACAACUAAAACAAUGUCUCGAAUGUUGAAUUGUGAGCGCAAUCUUCGGUAUGAAAUCGGCCCACACCCUGAUAUAGGCCCACCCGAACAUCAGGGUUGUGACUGUUUCAGUUCAGCGUACUCGAAUGUGAAAAUUAAAAGCUCAGGGCUUGGCUGCAGUGUUCAGUUUUGACAUUCGGGUUAAACGGUAAAGGCUUUUGAAGAAAAAAAAACAAAAACGCCAGGGCUUUCGGAGGUAGGCAUCGCAAGCAAGGAAGACUCGUUAUCCUGUUGACACUCCGCGACACAACGACACACGCAGACACUCGGCCUCAUAAGUGUCGCUGCGGUCCGUGACGACUCUCGUCCGAGAACUCAAGACCAGAAAUCUCUCCCGACCCGGUUUCCCGAAAACCUUGGUCCUGGGGGGCGCGUUGCAUCGCAACAUGGCGUCCGUCCUCGACCCGUUUACUGCGUUCACUGCCUCUGCUCCGACGGUCGACGCACGCCCAGCUGCGCGCACCAAGACUAUAGGCAACCUUGUAAAGAAAGUAAAUUAAAUGAAAUAAAGGAGAAAAAGAAAACGAGGGGGGAAGAACUUGCGUGUUUCUGCGCGGGCUGCUGUGAUAUCCGCGCUCCACGGGGGAAAGACGAUUCGAGGAGCGUUGCCCGCUGCCGUGCCGCUUUUCCGCUGCGCCGUUGUUCACGGAGGGAAGUGAGGCAUUGUGGGACAGCAGGCUCUCUCACCUGGUUUCCGUGUGCAGGUCCCGUUAGCGUGUUCACACUGUUAUGUGCCCCCCCUUAGCCCCCAGAGCGGUCCUGGUGAGCGUAAACUGGACCGCAGACGUCCACACGUGUCGUUCCGGCUUCGCCCCGGCCGCAGGAGGUUUCACCCGAAGCUCUUCGGCUGCUUCCUGCGGCUAAAUAUUGUUGUAAAAAUAAUAAUAAAGUUGACUGAAAAACCAAA